CUUGAAUCUCUGCAGGUGUUUCCGGGCUGGCUGCUUGUCCAGAAUUGCCUGUUGCAGUCUAUUCCACACUGGCACGAUGCAGUAUGGGAAAGAGCGCAGAAGGUAAUCAGGAGCUCGUGGCGAGAGAUUCAGCUCAAGCUGGUGGGGAUGGUGCUGUGCUUGGGCUGCUCGUGUGCGGCGAUGACGUGGCGGGGGACACAUGGCUGCAACUUGAGGCAGACCAUGGCCACACAUCAGUUUGUACAGUAGGCAGAGAGCAGAGACCUUUCGCCGAACAAGGAGGCUGGGAAGAAUGGUACCAGGGCCAAUGACAUUUAGGGCGCGGAGCUGGACAGCAUCCAGCAUGGCCAGGUGUGAGGGAGUUGAUCCCAUCCACGCAAGGGGGCAUAUUCCAGCAUUGGCCGGACGAAUCCUUUGUAAACAGUCACCCUGCCCGCGCGGCUGAGGAGGGGUGCUAAUAGGCUAGAUCCUGGCUCUUGUGAUAUUUCCUUCCUGGAAAUGUGACCAUUUGCUCAGGCGUGACUGUCAAGAGCGAAUGGUCACGCUUCCACGAAGGCAAAGGCAGUGCUGCAAACAAGACGCUGGUCAUAACGUUAUCACAUUAUCCUUGAGAGUAGCACACCGUGCUGUGAUCAUGGUGAUGCUGUGAUGGUGUGCGGCCUGAGGACGAGUGAAAACAACUGACACAGUCUUUUCCAAUUUGAUGUCCGUAGCAAACCAUGCUUGAACCGAUCACGCCAUGAUCCGUGACAGGGUUAGCGCCCCAGCAGUCACACUUCCUGAUCAGAAUAUACUCCCCCAAACUGAAUCAUGUCACAUGCCAGUACUGAAAUAUGUUGGCCAGCUUCACGAUUAUAUUAACUUAAAGUACUAUUGCUGAGAUCGCUGCGGUGACAAGUAGCAAGUUGCUGAGCAUAAUGACAACCGGCUGCAGGAAGUAUGAGCAAGUUUCCCCAGCGGCAGCAUUCCAAUUUGCCCGGCCAUGACCAGUGGUCCGGAUUGCACUGAUGCCAUGCACUGCUCCAUCUCUGGCUCUGCAUCCUCGUGAGGAUCAAAAGGCCAAUGUGCGCUUGCCAAUGAUUCACUGUUCUGAAUGUUCACUGGGAGUAAGGUCACGCCAAGCUCACCAUGCUGAGCCAGGGCGGGUUGGGCACAUUGGUGCCAUUGCUGGCCAUUGCCACUCAACUUGGAUUGGCUAGAAGCGGUGCUCUCUAUGACCCAGUACCGGUGGGACUGACAGCAGCAACAGCAGCAACAGCAGCAGUGCUAUCAGCAAGCAUUGGGACGGGAACAGCAGAAGUCGCCUCAGAAGAUGUGGGGAGUGUCGUCGCCCUGUCACAGUCCCAGCCCAGCACGUCGGCUGAAGAUCACAAUGCCGCAGUGCUCCAACUAUCCACCCCGGUGCGGCAGGCAGUGGGUAAAGAUUUAGCGUUGGUGCACCAGUACACUUCCUUGGCUGACGAGACAUCCCCGCUGUUACAUCCGGACUGGCAGGUUGUACACAGCCAACUCACAUCCAGAAAUGCUCGCCAGGCCAGCGAUGAGAGUGCUUUGCAGCAUAUUUCAGAAAGAUCCCCACGAUACCAAAGAAGAUGGCGAUCUGCACGUACCAGAGGCAGGAGGUCAAGUUAUCGAUCAGGGGUACGUACUCGAGGCAGGUCAAGAUAUCUGAGACGGAGUCGUGGAAAAGUUCGCAACAGACAGUGGCUGAGACGGAGCCGUGGAAAAGGUCGCAACAGACAGUGGCUGAGACGGAGCCGUGGAAAAGGUCGCAACAGACAGUGGCCGAGAUGGAGCAGUGGGAAAAGUCGCAACAGACAGUGGCCGAGAUGGAGCCGUGGAAAAGGUCGCAACAGACAGUGGCCGAGACGGAGCAGUGGAAAAGGUCUCAACAGACAGUGGCCGAGACGGAGCAGUGGAAAAAGUCGCAACAGACAGUGGCCGAGAUGGAGCAGUGGAAAAGGUCGCAACAGACAGUGGCCGAGACGGAGCAGUGAAAAAGGUCACAACAGACAGUGGCCGAGACGGAGCAGUGGAAAAGGUCGCAACAGACAGUGGCCGAGACGGAGCCGUGGAAAAGGUCGCAACAGACAGUGGCCGAAACGGAGCCGUGGAAAAAGUCGCAACAGACAGUGGCCGAGACGGAGUAAUGGAAAAAGUGGCAACGCAUUCAAGCAGUGGCUGAAACGGAUUGGUGGAAAGGGUAAGAACAUGUACAGGCAGUGGCUGAGAUGGAAACGUGGACGAGAUCGGAACAAAAAGCAGCCAGGAAGGAGUCACCCACGAAAGAAGCCGGAUGACACGCUGAAACGGGACCGUAAAAAGGAGGGACAAGGUGGUCGGAAAGUAAGCAACAGAAAGAAGAAGAAGAAGCCUGGUGAAAACUUGGACAAGAAGAAGAAACAAAAUCAAGAGAAUGGGAGAAAGCCAGAUCAUGGAUCUAAUGUGGACCCUGGUCCUAGACCUGCCCCAGGGCCUGAUUCUGGACCUGGACCUGCCCCAGGGCCUGAUUCUGGACCUGGACCUGCCCCAGGGCCUGAUUCUGGACCUGGACCUGCCCCUGGGCCUGAUUCUGGACCUGGACCUGCCCCAGGGCCUGAUUCUGGACCUGGACCUGCCCCAGGGCCUGAUUCUGGACCUGGACCUGCCCCAGGGCCUGAUUCUGGACCUGGACCUGCCCCAGGGCCUGAUUCUGGACCUGCCCCAGGGCCUGAUUCUGGACCUGCCCCAGGGCCUGAUUCUGGACCUGCCCCAGGGCCUGAUUCUGGACCUACCCCAGGGCCUGAUUCUGGACCUGCCCCAGGGCCUGAUUCUGGACCUGGACCUGCCGCAGGGCCUGAACCACCAGGCCCCGAAAUCCAACCGCCACCACCACCAGGCCCCAAAUUUGAACCACAACCACCACCACCAUCAAAUGGCCCCGGACUCCAACCACCAUCACCAAAAUCACCAGGCGCCAAAGCCAGACCACAGCCAUCACAGCCGCACACCCCAAAAGCCAGACCUUCGCCACGGCCUGGCCCAGGCGUCAGGUCACCACCACCGGGUCGGGAAAUCAGACCAACGUCAGUACCUAAUCCUGGAUCCUUACAGCCAUCAGGGCCUCGCCUUGGCAACUCUACACAGGAAACAACAACUCCAAAAUCCAGCAGCCUCAGUGGAAACAAAAAAAACAGUGGUCCUGGGUUGACUGAGGAGGUGGCACCAACGGUGGCUCUUCCAGCUCGGCUUUUCAAGCUAAAUGCGACUCUGAGACAAGCCAGAAGAUAUUCCACAAGUCCUAAACGGCAAAUGUCAACAGGUCGGAGGGGAUUGGAUCUGGUGAAGCACUUUGAAGGUCUCCGCCUGAAGGCAUACCUGGACGUAGCUGGCCAUCCCACCAUUGGAUAUGGUCACACAAGAAAUGUCCAAAUGGGGCAGACGAUAACCAGGCAGCAAGCUGACAGGUUUCUGCGAGGUGACCUGAGGGUUGCUGAGGAUGCAGUCAACAGGUAUGUCCGCUAUCGGCUGAACCAGAAUCAGUUUGAUGCUCUGGUGUCAUUCACCUACAACCUGGGUGCAGGUGCCCUGCAGCGAAGUGGACUGCUGGUAAAGCUAAAUGCCGGUCGACCAUGGCAAGUUCCUGGAGAAAUGAGCCGGUACAACAAGGCAAGAGUGGGUGGAAAGCUCAAGGCGGUGAGGGGAUUGAUCAGGCGGCGGGCGGCAGAAUGUGCUCUAUGGAACAGGCCGGUGUGAACUUGGCCUGCAUGCAUCUGAUUGCACUGGAGGUUCUAAUAUAUCAUGCGUAUUUGCUUUUGCUUUCACCUGUUUGUCAGCGGAGAAAAGUAUUUUUUUACACAGUAUUUCUUCAUUUUUCCAUAAUAUGGAUGGCCUGUAAACAAGAACUUCAUGCUUUACUUGCUGCGGCAAGCAGCACGGUGCUUUCUGCCAGAGUUUCCUAACACAGAUAUCAAUUCUGCAUAAUUAUUAUGUAUGCAGUAUGCAGUGCGUUUGCUUUUCCGUUGCAGCAGUGCAGCACGGGCACGGGUGAAAGUUUCCAUGUUGGUCUGAUCGAGUUGUGCUAUAACGUUAUUCAGUGGAGCAUUGGAUGUAUAUUACAACCUCGUCACUGCUGUAUCACUGUCACCAUGGCUGCAUCUGAUGAUUCGUUUCCAAUUCCCUUACCAUGGCAGCUCUUGAUGCAGUCAUGUUACAA